CCUGCGGCUCCGACCCUCCCGCCGCCCCAAGAUGGGGGCCUGGGCCCUGCUGCUGCCGCUGCUCUGGGCCGCGGCCCCGACGCAGGCCUGCUCUGUGAACCAGACCCUGUUUGAGAUUGAGGAGAACACGAAGCACAGCGAGCCCCUGGUAGACAUCAUCGUCCCCCAGGGCCAGCGGGUGACGCUUGGACCCUCGUCCACCCCCUUCGCGUUCCGGAUCCAAGGGAACCAGCUCUUCCUCAACAUCACUCCUGACUAUGAGGAGGACACGACGCUGGUGGCACAGCUGCUGUGCAAACGCGGGGACGAGCUGGUGACCCAGCAGAAUGUGUUUGUUAUCGUGUUGGAUGUCAAUGACAACCCACCCGUGUUCCCCUUUAAGGUCAAGGUCAAGGGGGUCCCCGAGGACACGAAAGUGAACACCACCAUCAUCGCGGAGGCGGAGCUGGAAGCCCAGGACGCUGACAAAGAGGACACUUUAUUCUACACCCUCCAGGAAGUGACCCCGGGCACGGGCGGCCUGUGCUCCUUGGUGGGUGUGAACCGCCCCGCCCUGCGGCUGAACCAGUCGCUGGACUUCAACAGGCACAGGAACGUUACCUUCCAGCUGCUGGUGCGGGACACCCAGGAGGAGGGCGCGGUGCCCAGCCACACGGCCACGGCCACCGUGGUCCUGGAGGUGCAGCCCGCGGACCUGCGGCCGCCUUGGUUCCUGCCUUGCGUCUACGAAGACGCCCAGAUCUGCGUCCAGGCCCAGUACCGAGGGGCCAUCCCCACAGGCCACAGACUGCCGGGCCCCCUCAUCUUGCGACCUGGGCCCAUCUAUGCCGUGGACGGGGACCGGGGCAUCAACCAGCGUAUCAUCUACAGCAUCUUGAGAAGAAACGCCAAGGACAGCACCUUCGCCAUCGACGCUGACUCCGGCAACCUCACCAUGACCCAGAGCGUCGGCGAUCCCCAAACCUUCAUUUUGCUGGUCAAGGGCGAGCAGGAGGACCGCGCCCGCUACUCAGUGACCCAGGUCACAGUGGAGGCCCGCGCUGCCUCGGGGAGACCCCCGCACUUCCCUCAGGGCCUGUUCCGCGGCACCGUGGAGCUGGGCUCUGGUGUGGGCGUGGCAGUCAGGGAUGCGGCCAGCCCCUCCCAGCCCCUGAGGGUCUGCGCCCAGGACCCCGAGUUCCCAGACAUCAACUCGGCCAUCAGCUACCGAGUCACCAACAGCUCCAGCUUCCAGAUAGACGGGGAGGCGGUGCUGACGGCCGCCCCGCUGGAGCGGGCCGGGCUCUUCUACGCAGAGGUGGAGGCCAACAACACAGCGACGUCGGACACAGCGACCGCGGUGCUGGAGGUCGAAGUCACGGAGCCGCAGCCUGGCCCCACGGGCCCCCCCACAACCCCAGAGGCUGGAAGAACCACCCGGCCCACAGGCAGCUCCACCUCGGGGGCCCCCGGGCCCCCCGGGCCUUCCCCGAGCCCCUCCACGACCAGCGCCGGGGGCACCGUGGGCCCACACCCUCCCACAGGCGACUCCACCUCGGGGGCCCCCGGGCCCCCCGGGCCUUCCCCGAGCCCCUCCACGACCAGCGCCGGGGGCACCACGGGCCCGCACCCCCCCACAGGGACAACUCUGAGACCACCUACCUCGUCCACACCUGGGGGAUCCUCCAGUGAGGGAAUCAGCACCUCCCCCUCAUCAACCCCGCCCGGCGGGGGCUCAGCAGGGACCUCGAACCCAGGCGGCAGCCCCGUGGAGGACCAGCGCUUCUCAGUGGCGGAGAUGGCAGCCCUGGGCGGGGUGCUGGGCGCGCUGCUGCUCCUGGCGCUCAUCGCGCUGGCGGUCCUGGUGCGCAAGCACUACGGCCCGCGGCUGCCCUGCUGCUCUGGCAAAGCGCGGGAGCCCCAGCCCCAGGGCUUCGACAACAAGGCCUUCCUCCCGGACCACGAGGAGGCCAACUGGGCGCCCGCCCCCAGCCCCCCGCCCGGCCAAGCCCUGGCCGAGGUCCCACCUGCGCCGCCGUCUCCCGUGCUGCGCGCCCCUGCGUCCCCCGGCCCCGGUCCCGAGGCCCCCGCGGCUGCCCGGGACGAGGGCGGAGCCGCGGGCGUGCGGUCCAUCCUGACCAAGGAGCGGCGGCCCGAGGGCGGCUACAAGGCCGUGUGGUUCGGCGAGAACAUCGGGGCGGAAGCCGACGUGGUGGUGCUGAACGCGCCCACCUCGGACGCGGACCACGCCAGCGACUCGGGCACCGAGGACAGCAGCGGCGACGAAGGAGAGGACGCGGGCCCGGGGCCCGGCGCAGACUCCACCUACAUGUAG